AUGUCCAACCAGCUUGUUGGACCGGUGUUCGAGAAGGUGAUUCAGGAGGUCUGCGACUCCUCUCAAGUUGAUUUUGAGGAAAGUGGUGUUGAUCAGAAGACACUGCUUGAUUUGCGUGAGGCAAGUUCAUCUGACCAGUGCUCUUUUGCGGGGGGCGAAGCUGAUUAUGAGGGGAACCAGCAUUUGGUCCUCUUAUAUACCUUGCCGCCGCUACCCGCUUUAGUGGGCUCAGACCGUCUAUCAACCUGGCAGAAGAAGCUGUCCUCUCUCAACGUUGCCCAGUUCCCUUGGGAUCCUCCUGCGCAGAUCUCACAACCUCCCCCUCCUCAAUCCACUGUUCCCUCUAACGUACCUCGCCCUCAACAACAAUCCCAACAUCAAUAUGCGCCUUCUGUAUCAGGGUCGCAUUCAGCUCCUAUCCACUCGGCUCCCAUUCAUUCGGUCCAACAACCAAUGGGUGUGCCGCACAUCAAAAUGGAACCUGGUACUGGAAUGCCCUUGACAAACACCAUGCAUCAUAUACCCCCCAACUCUCAUUCAGCCCAUACCGCCCAUCAACGUGCUGCAGACCAUAUUCAACAGAAGUUUGGAGCUGCCGCAGCACACUCUGUGAGCCAAAUCCAGGCUCGUGCCCGGGAGGGACAACACUCUUACCCCCAGUAUUACCCCCCUGAGAACCGAAUUAAGCAAGAUCCUGGCCAUCCCAGUCAGACUGAUGGCGCGGGUGAUGACCCUCUGACCGACUGGAAGGCUGAGGUUGCCCGUCGCAGAGAGGCCGCUCAGAAUGGCCAGGGUGACCAUCUGCUUCGCGAGCAUCUCAAUCAGCAAAUGCUCGGCCUUGAAGCUGGCGGUCUUCCCCGCCCUUUGAGUGAACACAAGAGUUCCGCCCCGGCAACACGCCGUGCAGCUGCCGCUCUUAACCCCAAGUCGACUUCUUCCGCAAUCUCUAACGCUCCUAGAAUCCCUGGGCAGUUUGAUGGUGCUGAGGAGGAAGACGAAGAUGCCAUUAACUCAGACCUUGAUGACCCAGAUGAUUUGGUCAAUGAAAAUGAAAAUGCGGAUGAGUCGGAUGGUCAAGUUAUGCUUUGCACCUAUGACAAGGUCCAGCGUGUCAAGAACAAGUGGAAGUGUACUCUGAAGGAUGGUAUUCUUACCAGCAAUGGACGGGAAUAUCUUUUCCACAAGGGCCAGGGCGAAUUUGAGUGGUAA